AUGCCGAGUCUACUUAUUCCUGAGCAUGUUGAUCUGCUCGGUAACCCAAAUCCGGUUUUGAAGUGGCUUGAGGAUCAAGAUUUGGAAAGCCAACAGAGUUAUGCCCAAAGCAUCUUCGAUACCAUUCUGGGAGAAGCCGCCCAGCCCAGAUCUGUCUCAGGUAACGCCUGUGUGAGGCUUUGCGGCUUUGUGGAGAGAGCCUCGAAAUCUGAGUCACAGGCGCUCCAGCUUUGGGCCUUUUCUCGAGAUGUAGCUUUUCGGCUGUACGAUUUCUACAUUGAUUGGAACGAGUUUGAUCAUCAUCGAUCCAUGAGGCUUGUUCUGGACUUGAUAGCGCAGCUUCUCCGAAGGAAUUCCGAUAAGAAAGCGGCUCUGGACAUACGAAAUUCCCUCCUGGACAAUCUUGUCUCUAUCGUAAUCGGCCGUUCCACUAAGCCUGUGGCUAAGUCGGCACUCAAGACUCUUGACUACUUCCUACUCAAGGGAGUCUUCACCUUGGAUGACGUCAAAGCAACUCAUCUCUCAUAUCAUGAAGACUUAGCCAAUGCUACGGAUAUUGAGAUAUGGAGAGUCUUCACGACAGAGCUGCUACAAUGGACUCGGUUACACUUUAUUUGCCCUGCAGCUGGCAAGUUUAUAGUGAGCCUAUUCCGUGCUCUAAGACAAAGGGGCCAUGAAGACUCUAUAGGCUUGGGUAUAGAGACAUGGCAUAAAUGGCUACUCGAUUUUCUAUCAGAAGAGCCAAUUCUCCUGGAGAACUUCAAAAAUUACAUAUUCUCUCCUCUUUUCAAGGCCGAUAGACCGGAGAGUCUGAAGUUUCUGCAGCAUGUGAAUCAGAACGGGUCUGGUUCUGCUAUCACAGCUGGUUCUGAUGAUUUUGGCGCAAGUGCGCUUCUCACUCUGGCUGCUUUGGAAAUGGGAAAGAAAGUCGGGCUUGUUGAAGAACCAUAUAUUGGCAGUGACCAGUUAACCGAAGACAACUCGUCCAUCACUCUGCAAGAAAAUGCUCUGGAGAGCGUUCUGACUCAUCCCUCCCACGAGGUUCGGACAUCAGCGCUCAGUCUUCUUAUUAGCUCCCCGUCAACAACACGACCAUACUCGGCUACCACUUUGGGUCUCCUCAAGAGACAUCUAGCCACAUUCUUUGCCGAUCCAGAUGCAAAGUUCCGAGUCGAUGUGUGUGCUCGAUCGAGGGACAUGUUCAAAAGAGUUCGUGGUGCAAUCUCGGUAUUGAAGAAGAGCAUUCCGCGAGCAAAAGCAAAGGCCAGAAAAAAUGCUUCGAAAGAUCCAGCCAGUCAGCCAGCAUUGUACCGCACUAAUAUACUUUCAUGGUCAGAGUCUGAAUUGGUAUCUUGCCUAGAUUACCAUGAGAAAUUCCUUCACUGGUAUUUGAGAUUUCUAUGCGCCGAGUUAUCACCUACUGCUUCGUAUCAGCGACAUAUCACAUCCCUCAAAAGCUUGAUAUCAAUAUUCCGUAUGGAAGGAGAACACUCAAAAACUUGGGAAACAGCGGAUGAUCAGCAACUAUUCUUCGACCAUUUUGAUGGGAAGUGGGCUCGAGUGCUUGCAGAUCUAGUAAUGGAUCCCUUCGACGAUGUCCGGGAGAUUGCCUCACUAGCGAUGGCCCAGGCUUAUGCUGACAAAAGGUAUCAGAAUUUCACUCUUAAUUCUGCAGGUACAGAGCAAAAACCCUCGAAAGAGCUUCAGGAGCUUUUACAUCGAGCUGAAAAGGUGUCAGUUCGGACUGCCAGAGCCGAUCACUCUGAUGGUGUCGCCAGAGCCUCACAGUUAGUAUACAAAUUUCUAGACACUGAAGAUGAGCGACUAGGGCUUCUUUCAAAGCUUGUCGACACACUUCAUCAAAAGAUAUCAAGAGCAGAGUCAGACUUGGGGCAAGCUGUUUUAGAUCAGCCACUGCACAGCACGUUUGCAGCACUGGGCUUCACCUGGCAGGCUCUUUCCGAAAAGAAACUGUCGGAAAGUGAGACAUACGCUGCUAUUGUACUGCAGGAGAAGGUGAUUCUUUGCUGUGAGCGAGUGUGGAGAGCUGUGCGCGAUGUUCUUUGCGAUGACUCUCCUGAAGGCCAUCUGCCUGAAGAGAUGGAAGACAUGGAAGGCCUCGACACUAAGGGUCUUUUGAGCUAUAGUUUCCGUGCUGUCCACGAUAAUCUGAUGCGGACGAUUGUGCAGAGUAUGAGAAAUCAAUCCCGAGAGGGGCUCCUAACUCCAACACGAAAAGCCUUUGAGGCCAUUGGAAAUCUAUCAUUUACGCAGCUGGCCAACUUGAGGCAUCGUGGCGCAUUCACCACAGUUGCUGCGACAUUUGCGACAUGCUGCCAGUUGACGAAACAUUUGAAAACUUUUGAGGGCGAAGAGUCUCUGCUAGAGAUUUGGUACCAGGGCACCUUGAAGGAAAUCUUCAGCCAGAGAUCGACUACUCGACGAUCUGCUGGUAUUCCGUCAAUGAUGACGGGAAUUCUCUCCGCAAAUGCAGCCAGCCCAUCAUUUGAAGAGGCCAUGGCCAAACUCAUCGAAAUCGCCAGUAUCGAGGCGCAUGUGGUGGAGACAGAUGGGUCCAAUCUGCCGCAAGUUCACGCCUAUAACUGUCUCAAAGAUAUCUUCAAGAAUUCCCUGCUCACAUCCAUGGGCAACAAGUCUGAAAAGUAUCUUCCUCAGUGUCUCGAGCUGGCUGCUAGCGGGCUCAAGUCAGAGAUUUGGGCCAUCCGCAACUGUGGCUUGAUCUUCCUUCGCAGCUUAAUCGACAGUCUCUUUGGCUCUCAAGAGAGCAAAGCGAUGAUUGAAGCUGGAUGGGAUGGAAAGGCUAACCGAAUCCCCUACCACCGCUAUCCUACCCUUCCGACAGUGCUCGCAAGUCUCCUUAAAUCUGGCCAUACGAUGGUGACUUCAGCAAAUGCAACAUCAUCUGCUGAAUCCGUCUUCCCGGCCUUGGAUAUCAUUCGUCGAGCAGGACCACCCGAUCUCUUGCGAGAUGAGAUCCAGGUUUAUGUUGCCGCCUAUCUCUCGAGCCCUGUGUGGCAUGUCCGUGAGAUAGCUGCCAGGACUCUCUGCUCUUGUCUAUUACACGACAAAUGGCUUAGUGUCGUCCAAGAUUUGCUUCGCAAGGCGUUGAAUGACAAAAGUACUAAUAGCCAAAACCAUGUACACGGUGUUUUGCUCUCUCUCAAAUUCCUCAUUGAAAGAUUCACUGAGGUGGCGUUGGAUCGCCUCAUAGCUGACCUACCUGAUCUUACGGCAUUCCUCGAAACAAGCCGCAUUGACAGUCUAUACGUUGACUGCCCAGACAUCAUUGCCGCCUAUCUAGAAGUCGUCAACAUGAUAUGGAUAUGCCAAAUCUCCAGAGCUCAGCCCUUACAGCCAUCUAGCGUCAUAAUCCCAGCGAAGCAAGGAUCCGCACUGCUCAAAGCCCAAAGCACUAUCAGCAAAAUACUUUCCGCUUCCCAAGACCAGGAGCCUAUUCAACAAGUAAGGAGUGUAUUAUUCGAGAGCCGCCUCGGCGCCGAUACCAUGGCUACUGCUCUGGAAUCAAUACCAAGACUAUGGCAUUCCACCUCAACUCCAAGCGAGAUCCGAAUUGCCCUCUGCGAUCUCUACAUCGAUGUUUGCCUUAGAACCAAUUUUACGGAACCUCAAGUGGUAGCGGUUGAGAACUUGGUGGAGUUGAUGAACCAGCUCGUUGCGGAAGACAAGCUCAACUCCUUGCCUGUAUCCUCCCUCAUGAAAUUGUGGAACAUACUACCACAGCGCUCUCUGAAUCCCUCUCUGUCCAAUGCUAUUGUGAGAGCCAGCGGCUGUUUAGUAGCCAUCAUGAACCACCAUCAACCCCUUCCGGCCACCGCAUUCCGGAAUUGGGGCGCCAUGAUGGCUGAUGCAGGCUCAGACGACAAGAGCUUCGAUACCCGCUUCGCAGCUGCUCAGUCUCUAUGCUCGUUUUUCAGCGUGGCACGAGCGUCUUCUUCCAGCGAAGAAUAUCUCCCUGCAAUCAUUGUGCUGUACGAUACACUGAAUGACGAUGAUGACGAAGUGCGAGAAGCAGGAUCUGCCGCAGCAAAGAGCAUUCUUGGCCAAAAUCUAGUACCCCUCGAAGCAUCUAGUCGUCUCCUCCAGUGGCUCAUCCAACAUUUCAGCAACAAUGCUGAUCUGAAAGCCAUUACCGCAAGCCGCGUCGCUGGAUAUCGUCAUGAUCAGGCGUGGAGCUUACCCGGUGCUCAGCUCGCUGCUGCGCUCAGGUCAGACGACUCUCUGUUCGCUGUCGAAGAGCAGAAUCUGUUCAUUGAUGAAGUUCGCGAGGCAAACCGAUGGGCUACCGUCUUUCAAAAACUCAAGUGGAGUGAAGGAAAGGCGGAAGACGGCGAGAUACUCCGCAAGCUGGAUGAAUGGCUUCUGGAUGGUCUGGCACAGAUGCAGCAACUCCUGGAGCAGGAAGACGGUCCUUUGGGCUGGGCUUCAAACCCAUCUGUCUUUGCCAUCUGCACAUCUAUUGUCCGUGGUUCUGUGGUAUUGAGCGAAAUGCACGGCAGCGCGAAAUUACGCCAAGCCGUUGCGCAAUUCAAAGAGUUACUGAAGUCGCCAAAUCAUUAUCACGUUUCGAGAUUGCUUAUGGAGCCACUAUGCGAGCUAAAGAAGAUAUAG